ACUCGGCAGAAUUUUGACAUUUGUGGUAUGGUUUCGUUUAGUAGAAACUAAAAUUGUCUCGUCAGGCUUGCUAUAACACAAAUCGUAUUAUCAUCUCGUAUAAGUGCUAGAAUAUAAAAAUGGCACCUGCUGAAGAUGUUGAAAUGAAGAAUGUGGAGAGUCCCGCAGCGGCAAGUGAUGCAGAAACCGGAGAGGUGAAAAAGGACGCCGACGUUCUCACCGUCCAAGAUUUACGUGAACAUGCUAGACAAAUUGAUAAAGCAGUUACCUCCAAGGAACCGAGGUUUGCCAUGCGAGUUCUUAGAUCCCUUCCUAAUACACGGAGGAAGUUAAACGGUAACGUACUACGUGCUAUUAUUAACCAACUGUAUCCCUCAAGUUCAGACAAAGAAGCUCUGUUUGUUUUCAUUGAGGCUCCGCAGCCUGGUGCUGUUGAAAUUGAAACUCCACGUUCAAGAAGCGCUCCGAAAACACCAGUGCCAGAGGUGGAUGUUUAUAUUCAUUUGUUAGUUUUACUGCGUUUGCUGGAUACUAACAAACUUGAAGAAGCUACUGAAUGCUCACAGCAACUGAUGACCAAAAUUACAGCUCAGAAUAGAAGGACCCUAGAUUUAAUAGCAGCCAAGUGCUAUUUUUACCACUCCAGGGUGUUUGAACUCACUAACAAGUUGGAUUUGAUAAGAGGACUCCUUCAUGCGCGCCUGCGUACUUCAACUCUUCGUAGUGACUAUGAAGGCCAAGCUGUUCUGAUCAAUUGCUUGCUGCGUAAUUAUUUACAUUAUUCUCUGUAUGACCAAGCUGACAAAUUGGUCAGUAAAUCAGUGUACCCAGAAAAUGCUAGUAACAAUGAGUGGGCCAGAUUCUUGUUUUAUCUGGGCAGAAUAAAAGCAGCGCGCCUUGAAUACAGUGACGCUCACAAGCACCUUGUUCAAGCACUGAGGAAGGCUCCGCAAACCGCUGCUGUAGGUUUUCGUCAAACUGUUCAGAAGCUGGCUAUAGUGGUAGAACUGUUGCUGGGUGACAUCCCUGAGAGGGCUAUCUUCCGGCAGGCAGCUCUCAGACGCUCCUUGGCCCCAUACUUCCAACUUACGCAGGCUGUUAGACUUGGCAACUUGCAAAGAUUUGGAGAAGUACUAGAAAACUUUGGGCCCCAAUUCCGCAAUGAUCAUACAUUCACUCUGAUUCUUCGUCUUAGACAAAAUGUCAUCAAGACCGCUAUCCGUUCAAUUGGCUUGUCAUAUUCAAGAAUUUCUCCAAAAGACAUUGCAAGGAAAUUGGGUUUGGAUUCUGCGGAAGAUGCAGAGUUCAUUGUGGCGAAAGCUAUCAGAGAUGGAGUUAUAGAGGCUACCUUGGACCCUGAAAAGGGAUAUAUGAGCAAUAAGGAGAGCUCAGACAUUUAUUGCACUAGAGAGCCCCAGUUGGCCUUCCAUCAGCGUAUAUCAUUCUGCUUGGACUUGCAUAACCAGAGUGUCAAGGCGAUGAGGUACCCUCCCAAGUCCUAUGGGAAAGAACUAGAGAGUGCUGAGGAGAGGCGUGAACGUGAGCAGCAGGACUUGGAGCUGGCUAAAGAGAUGGCCGAAGAAGAUGAUGAUGGCUUCCCUUGAAUGUAACUUUUAUUAUAAACUCAUACAAUAUAUUCAUAUAGCAGUUUCUGUUUAUGUAACAAACUAAUUUCAAUAAAGGUCCUUAAUGAA